UGAAAUAUGGCUCUCUCCAGAGGUUUGAGAUGCUGUCAGCGGGUUUUCUCCUGGAUACCUGUGCUUAUAAUAACCUCCGUGGUGCUGUGGUCAUACUACGCCUACGUAUUUCAGCUAUGUCUCUUUACACUCACUAACACAUUAGAAAAAGUGGCCUAUCUACUGGUGUUUCAUGUUUGCUUUGUGAUGUUCUCCUGGACUUACUGGAAGUCCAUCUUUACUCCUCCUGCAUCACCAUGCAAGAAGUUUCAGCUGUCGUACUCAGACAAGCAAAGAUACGAGAUGGAAGAGAGGCCGGAUGCUCAGAAACAAAUCCUGGUUGAGAUUGCAAAGAAACUGCCCAUCUUCACCCGAGCUCAGUCUGGAGCUAUCAGGUUCUGCGACCGCUGCCAGGUACUGAAGCCUGACCGCUGUCACCAUUGCUCAGUUUGUGAAAUGUGUGUUUUGAAGAUGGACCACCACUGUCCCUGGGUGAACAACUGUGUUGGCUUUUCCAACUACAAGUUUUUCCUGCUUUUCCUCUCCUAUUCCAUGCUGUACUGUGUAUUCAUCGCAUCCACAGUCUUUCAGUAUUUCCUCAAAUUCUGGGUGGGGGACUUGCCAAAUGGGCCCGCAAAGUUCCAUGUCCUCUUCCUCAUGUUUGUGGCACUCAUGUUCUUUGUCAGUCUCAUGUUCCUCUUCGGUUACCACUGUUGGUUGGUGGCCAAAAACAGAUCCACUUUAGAGGCCUUCUCAGCUCCAGUUUUUGUCAGUGGACCAGACAGAAAUGGCUUCAAUGUUGGCAUACGCAGAAACCUGCGACAGGUGUUUGGAGAGGACAGGAGACUGUGGUUCAUCCCUGUCUUCACAAGUCAGGGAAAUGGGCACUACUUCCCCUUGAAGAAUCGGAGUGAAUCACAGAAUCCCUUAUUAGCUAAUGAGGAGAUGUGGGAAGAGUCAGAUGAUGGGUCUGAGGAAGGAAGCUUGGUUGAGGACCAAGAUCCCUCUGUUACCAUAGAGAUGGAGGAAUAGAAAUUGAUGUAAGGACAAUUUACACUGGUACUGGAGAUGUGAAUUUCUAUUGCGCACACUGUGUAUCAAGAGGCAAAUGCAUUCCAAAUCUUGCAAAUGUUCAGACACUCCAAAAGAAGUUUAAAAAAG